UUCUGCUUCAAACUCCGGGAGCACCGUAAGGGGGGGCAGGACGAUUCCAAGGGUGCCUGGGUGACAGGCUUUCAUGUGGUCCAAAAUUUCUAGUGCGCCUCUCUCAAGAUCACCGUGAAUUCAACCUGGAUUAGCAGCACGGAGACAAGGUUGAGGCAUAGCAUUGACUGAAUGCUAGUCUAUCGCAGGGCACACACACGCACGCAAUUACACUCUGCGGGCAUUUUAGAGACGCCAAUUAGUUUAACUGCAUGCGUUCGGACUGCCGGAGGAAACUUGGAGAAAACACACCUCGGCGAGAACACACGACGAGGGGUGGGAUCCAUAUUCCCGACCUUGGAGGUGUUACCCGCGAGCCAUAGAGGUUUAGUGUAAUACAUUACAGCGUUUAUUGCAUUUUAUUUUUAGUGUUAGCUGUUGAAUCAUCCGGCCUCUAGGUGUCGCUGUGUCCAGGUACCGCGCUAAAGCUCUGCUCUGAGUCAUGUGCUAUUUUGGCUCGGACAGGAAGAGAACUGGUCGUCGAUGUCGAAGCGAAGCCGUCCGGGUGGGUCGCGGCAGCAAUGAGGUUAUUUACGCUUUCGGUUUGAGAGCAGAGCGCUUUAGCCACAUGAAAGGCGGCCCGUCGUGUCGCAGAGGGAUUUAUCUGAGUGAGUGCGCGAGUAAGAGUCCGUCCCCGCCAUGACCACGGCGGUGUUUUUCGGCUGCACCUUCAUCGCCUUCGGCCCCGCCGCGGCUCUCUUCCUCUUCACCAUCGCCCGGGAUCCGCUGCGGGUCAUCUUCCUCAUCGCUGGCGCCUUCUUCUGGCUGGUGUCGCUGCUGUUGUCCUCGCUGGUCUGGUUCAUCGCCGUGCAGGCCAGUAACAAGGAGAGCGCCUCGCAGCAGAAGGGCCUGCUCGUCUUCGGCGUGGUGCUCUCCGUCCUCCUGCAGGAAGUCUUCCGAUUCGCCUACUACAAACUACUAAAGAAAGCAAACCAAGGCUUGCUUGCUCUUAGUCAGGAAGACACCAUGCCCAUAUCUGUGCGUCAGCUGGCCUACGUAUCUGGCCUGGGGUUUGGGUUCAUGAGUGGCUCCUUCUCGGUGGUCAACAUCCUGGCCGACUCCUUGGGCCCGGGCACGGUCGGCAUCCAUGGCGACUCUCAGCACUACUUCAUCUCUUCAGCCUUCAUGACGAUGGCCGUCAUCCUCCUGCACAUGUUCUGGGGAGUGGUCUUCUUCGACGCCUGUGAGAAGCAGAAGUGGUCGUCCGUGGCCGUGGUGGUCGGCAGCCACCUCUUCGUGUCGUGUAUGACGUUCCUGAACCCCCAGUACGAAGGCAGCCUGAUCCCCGCCUACCUGGUGACGCUGCUGAUGGGAGGCUGGGCGUUCUUCUGCGCAGGGGGGUCGCUGCGUAACCUCAAGCUCUGCCUCACCUGCAAAGACAAGGACUUUCUGCUGGCCAAUCACCGGUCCAGAUAGCAUGAAGGAGUCUUGCUGGGACUUUACUGGUGGCAGAGAGCGAGAGACGCAGAGCGCCGCCCUCCCCUUACCAUUCCUCUGUGCUGUCGUUAGUUUGCUGCGUAGGUAAGCACUGGAGUUACGAUGAUUGUUGUUAGUAUUUUGGGGGCGGUGCCCCUUUCCCUGAGAGCGGGCUGCAGCCUUGCCCAGACUCCGGUGAUCCUGCUUGGCACUGAGGAGCUUCUCUAGGCCCGCCGGCCGCCACACCGAUGAAAUCUGCCAGCUGCAGGAAAAAGUGUCGUUUUGCAUUUAAAGUCCAUAAAACCUCCUUCACGAUGAUGGUCCGUGGCGUAUUUUACACACUUACACAAUAGCACAGCAACAUACAGACACACUUACUCUUACCUUUUUGUGGGAACGGUACUUGCUGAUGUGCUGCUGUGCCUUCCUCCUCCUCCUUGCGUUCGAUUGGAAGCCGAGCUCCCCUGCCCCCCCUUAAGUCAUAGCCCCUUUAAGUAGCGGCACCCCCAGGACACCCUGCCGCUUGCCCGCUCUCCACUCUGGCCCCCUGAAUCCUCGCCCUUUGCGUUUUCGUGACUUUUUUUCAGUUUAAACAUGAAGUGGUGACCCACGGUAAUAUAUUUAUGCAUAUUGAUUAAAUGGUUUAAUAUUCUGUG